UGCCAGCCAACCCAUGUUAGCUAAGCCUCCCUUUAAGAUCCCAUUGCUACCCCCCAUAUUACUCGCUCACUCUUCCCCUUCACUUUGCUUACUACCACCCGGCCCUCUCUCUCUCUCUACACCACUCUCUCUCUCUCUCUCUCUAUAUAUAUAUAUAUAUAUCUACCUAUUUCAUAUGGCUAUGAACACGAAGAAACCUAUGAAGAUGAGGGGUUUCAUGUGCCAGUCCUCAGCAGUAAAUGCAGCGUGUGUGGCCGAUCCUCGGUCAGUGAUAGUGCCGCGAAGGCCGGACCGGACAUUGGUGGAUCAUGCAAGGCUGAUCAACAAUCCAAAGUACACUAGACUCAUCAACAGUACUCGUGAUCAUCGUCAAACUGAUCAUACAUUUUCUUUGGCUACUAAGAGAUCAUCAUCAACUGGGACCAUCGCUCGCAUCAAAAGUGAUCAACACAUGUUUCAACGCCAAAACCCUAAGCUGCAAAUGCCCUCUUCCGUAUCUUCAUCCCACCAAGUCUUCCAGGUGGUUGUUAUGAGAGUCUCUCUUCAUUGUCAAGGUUGUGCUGGUAAAGUCAAGAAACAUUUAUCCAAAAUGGAAGGGGUGACGUCAUUCAGUAUAGAUCUGGAGGCUAAAAGGGUAACUGUGAUGGGACACGUGUCACCAGUGGUGGUCCUGGAGAGCAUUUCAAAGGUGAAGAGGGCAGAGCUGUGGAAUAGUGAAGUGGAUGGAGUAACUUUAAUACGGUAGGAGAUGUCACAUUGUAACAAAGAGGAUCCUAUUAAGUUGUUCUGUAUUUUGCCUUUUGUUUUAGGUAACUCUGCUCAAUUUGGUGGUCCCAUCAUAAUUAGGAGGAUAAGAGGGUAAAUUUGUGAUCAUGUGGGUGGGAGCAGUACUGACAGUGAUGGGUAGCUGUUAUUCAUCAAAACUUGGGAAAGCUUUAUUUUAUAAUUUAUUUUAUCUUUCCUUACUCA